GGUCAACCUCGACCUCGACCCACCACCCUCCGUUCUCAACCAAAAACCGCCUGCAAACUGUUACUCAAAUCUUCUCCAAGCUCGUCGAGAGCAACAAUGCAGUCUCCAUUUCUCCACCUCUGCCGGACCUUCUCCUCCACUCGGACCCUCCUCAAUCCCCCUCCUCCUCCGCCGCUAGGGUUUCGCCACUCUCUCUCCGCUCACAAUCGCAGCCUCCUCCCCCCUCCGCCUUCUCUCCCUCUCGGUUCCCCGAGACCCGGCCCCGUCCGUCCCCGGAGUGGCCAGGGGCGCCGCGGAGGUGGCGGCGGCGGGAGCAAGCAGCGGGUGAGCGUCAGGGGCAAGAAGGACAAUGUUUGGAGCAUCGACAACGACGUCGCAAGGGCCGCUUCGGAGAAGGAAAGGACGAGGCCGAGGGCGAGUAGGAAGAGGGGGAGGAGAGUGGUGAGAGGGAAGCGAGAGAGGGACGGGAAGGUCAUGGUGUCGGGCGCCAUGUUGAUGGAGGUCGAAACGGUUCUUCAGACUCAGGAACCAGUAAUAAGACCAGUAUGGAAUACAUUUGCUAGUAGUGUGAGCGGGAUAUGGAAGGGAGUGGGAGCUGUAUUUUCAACUAUUACUGCUGAAAUGGAACCCAUAGAGAUUGGUAAAAAGAAUGAAAACCUCUAUGACUGCUAUACACUUUCCUGUGUUCAGGCAAUUCCAGCAUCGCAUGGAGAAUUAACAUCUCAAAUUCAGAGAAAGAUAAACUGGGUAACUCUGAAUCCCUAUGGUGAAAUAUCAUUGAACAAUGGCAGCAAUGCCAAAAGAAAAGAAUGGACUAAAGAUGGAGAUUCAUGUAAGGACCGAAUAGAUGAAAGUGCAGCAGAUCGUAUGCUGCCAAAAUUUGAUUCUUUCAACUUUGAAGACAGUGAUUUGAUGGAAGAAGAUGUCAUGGGCUAUGAACCUGGUCUUGUUUUCUUUGAGGAUGGAUCUUAUUCCAGGGGCCCAAUUGCUAUUCCUGUCAGUGAAGUUGAUGAUUCUAACUAUUACUUGAGCCCCACUCUCAAGUUUGAGCAGUGUCUGGUUAAAGGUUGUCACAAAAGACUCCGGUCAGUCCACACAAUACAAUUCAACAAUGGGGGUGCAGACAUUCAGAUAAUGAGAGUUGCUGUUUAUGAAGAAGAGUGGGUCAGCCCAGCAAAUAUUCGUGAUGAAAGCGAUAUGGACUUUGAUGUGAAGCCAUUUUCAUUGCGGAAAAGGACCCAGCCAUCAGAUCUCACUGGUUCAUGGAAAGUAUUUGAGGUUAGCGCCACACCAGUAUAUGCCGAAGAGACGGUUGCAGAAGAAAGCAAUGCGACCCCUUAUGUCUACCUCUGCACUGAGACCUUAAAGAAAAGGACCAUGCCCGAGAACUUAGUAUACUUUGGGGAGGAAGAGAUGCUCGACAUGCAAGAUGCGACCAUUCUUUGGUUGCCCGGAGGCGUUACCAGUUAUGUUGACAUUAAUAAGGACGGGAUUCUUUGCAUUGGUGUUGGCUGGUACUCCGACGAAGGCAUUAAUCUUGUCAUGGAGAGAGACUACGGUCUGGAUGGGAAGUUGAAGGAAGUACGGUGGAAAUCUGAGGUGAAGAGAAGGUGGUCUAAUCCAAUGUAGAUAUGGACCGGGCAUUUUUCUUUUGCCUUGUUGCUUUCUACAUAAAUUACCAUCCCUCUUGGAAACAUUAACGUAGAUGUAUAGUGUUUUCAGCAUAUUGCAAACCGCGGUGUUCGUCAUGUUCUUCAGAGUUCGCACCCAAUAGGCAGCCGACAAUGUAGUCUUAGGUAACAAAAUAAGCUUUGGGCACUUAAUGUGGGCAUUGACAAAAUCUCUCUUUCUCUGAAUAUAUGUCGAGUGAGUUCAGGUGCCUGGAAGUACAUGCUUCUCCAUACUCCAUUGCUUCUUUUCUUG